GAGGAUUUGGUAACUCGGGGAAAUCAUGAGGGAAGGGCUGGAGGAGUUGUUGAUUAAGGUCGGAACAGAGCCGCCGAACAAGGAGGAGCUGAGUUUGUUGUUUACCAAAGUGGACAGAAAUGGGGAUGGAUGCAUAAUUUUGGAGGAAUUCGGAGCCAUCAGCUCGGCUUUUGGGCCUCCAGCUUGUGAUUCGGAACUCUUGGACGCCUUUGAGGACUGUCGGCAGAUGAUUAACGGUGUGGAUAAAAAUAGGGACGGAUUCAUCUGCUUCGAAGACUUCUCUCGCAUGAUGGAGCUGCAGAGAUGAUUGAUUCAACGAAAAAUCAUGAUCUUGUUCGGUCCAAAUUUCCGGGUUUUUGGGAAUGAAAUUAUCCAAAAUCUCAUAGAAACAUCGAGAUGGCUGAAAUUCAUGACUUUUAACUCCUUUUACUGAUGUUGAAGUGUAAUUUCCGGGAUUUAGAUUUGGAGUGUUCAGCCGAAUUGGAGGUGGGGUUUUUAUUAUGCAGUCCGAUUGGAGGUGAUGUAUUUUUAUCAUCACUCAUUAUUGUAAUUUUUGUCUGUG